AUGUCGUCCUCGCAAUUACCCGACCUCGGCCCUCGACCUCCUGGCUCAAGUUAUGCAGAACGCAGACUGCAAGGGCCGAUAUUGCCUCAAUUGUCUAUGAGUACUCCUUCACUGUCUUCCAAGUCUCGCACUUCCCAUGCCUGUGAUCGGUGCCGCUUGAUGCGCACCAAGUGCACGGGAGGCGAUCGUUGUGUCAAGUGCACCAAGGACGAUGCCGACUGCUCAUACGGAGACCGUAAGAGAGAGAGAAAUAAGAAAGAUCUGGUCGAGAGCCUCGAGCGAAUAGAUGUGUUAGAAGGGGAAAAUCAACAAUUGUUGAGUGCACUCCGAGCGCUGGCCACAAGUCCAAGCUUUCAGCCAUCGGAGCACGACAAUAUCGUUCAGAUUCUAUCAAAGUACUCGUCACAAGAGCAACAACAGGAAAGCCAGGGAAGCUCAAGCAGUUGGGCGCAAAGCAGGCCUAGCCCGACGAGGGAGAGCGUUCGACCGACCACUGGCACGGAUGAUACGACCGUACAUCUACAGGGGUCCCGCAAAGAUCAAAUCUCCGGAGAGCAUGGCGUCUCGUCAAAGGUUGGAUCCCCUGGUAGGCAAGAUGAGCUGGCCAUGGUCGUGAAUCUGGACUCUGGGAAAGGUGCCUCGGGAUAUGUAGGUAAAAUGUCAGAGAUCACUUGGAUCCAGCGGGCAUGGGAGCACUUAUCCGAUCCACCGCGUGGAGGCGACCGCGCAGUCCGCCCAGAAAUUGACCACCCAUUCUCAACGACGCAGGAUUGUAACUAUUUUAUGGACGAUCACAAUGUUUUAGCUAUCGAUGAAGAUCAUAUCGGUGAGAUCGAUCGGCCACCCCUCGAAACCGCCGUAAUACUAUCCGAAGCAUUCUUCCAUGCUUUGCAAGGUGCCUUUCAUUUCGUGGGCCGGGAUCAUUUCCUGACUACACUUCACUCUUUCCCACAACAGGAUGUACCACUCGAAUGGAGUCAGCGCCGCUGGCUUGCGCUAGCGAAUCUUGUGUGGGCUAUUGGCUCAAAGUGGCUGCAAAUGUCAAAGCUGGACCACAUUUACCGUUCUGACUCCCACCUGGUCUACUAUGCCAGAGCCAGGAGACUGGGACUCGACCACCGGAUUAUGUUUGAUCAUCCGGACAUUGAACGCGUCCAGGCGAUGGGUAUUCUUGCCUUCUACCUGUUCAUCAAUGGAUCAAUCGCCAGAUCAUGGAACACCCUGGGACAGGCUACACGCCACGCCACCGCACUUGGAAUGCAUCUCAGAAUAGGUGACCCUAGCACCAGAGAUGACGAGAAGGAUAGGCGGGCACGUACCUGGUAUUCUUUGUACAGUCUGGAAGUCCUCAUCGCUGAAGUAACAGGACGUCCGAAGUCAGUCUCGCUGUCAGAUGCGACAAUACCAAUGGAUGCUUUCCGCAACCUCGAUGAUCCAAGCGUCACGCCCUCGAGAAGGCUGAGCAGUUCGGAAUCUUCGUCGAAUUCCCGGAAGUUCUGGUUGGAUUUCUUGAACACAGAUAGAGACAUUCCACAAGGGAUGACUGGCGGUGUGAUUCCGUGGAAAAAUUUCGCCACCGUGGGACGAAACUCACCGGUCUCACAUUUUCCGCAAAGACUUCUUCUGUGUCGGCUGAGUGACAAAAUCGCAUCGGAGCUAUAUUCUGGACAUUCGGAGAUGUCAUGGGCGGAGAUUCAGCGAAAGAUUGGUGAACUCCAAACUGAGCUUCGACAUUGGGUUGAGAAUCUGCCUGAUGAUCUUGCCAUUCAAAGCAAGACUCCAACAGAUUCGGACCCAAGGGUUAAAAUUGAACUGUCGAUGUAUUAUCACAGUGUUCAGAUGAUACUGCAUAGACAUUGUCUAUGCGAAAUCGUCAUCGAAAAUGAAUCUGUACGAUCUCAGGAGUUUAAUCGCAGCUGCGCUCGAGCAUGCGUCCAUGCCGCCAUGUCCAUGUUGGCCGUAAUGCCAGACAAUCCGAGCGCGCACGAGGCAUAUCAACUACUCCCUUUCUGGGCUCUCCUUCAUUACAUAGCACAGGCUGCCGGGGUGUUGCUGCUGGAACUCUCACUUGAUAGUCAGCAUUUCCCCAAUGAAAGCAACGAGGUGGUCAAUUAUUUGCGCAAGGCAAUGGCGUAUCUUUGGUGUAUGACCGAGAAUUCCUUCUCGGCAUACCGAGCCUGGAGGAUACUCAGAAAGCUGCUGACUGACGUUACAGAGAGAUAUGAUGAUCUUUACGUCGAAGAUAUCCCGCAAGAGGCUCGGCAGCCUACUGGGUGGAUUGAAGAGGACGACGACGCUAGAGAACUUCCUUAUAUAACAUGA